AAUGGGACGUUGUUAACGUUCUUGUUUAUUUAUUUGAAUUAAACUUAUUUUAAAUGAUUUUCUUUUAAAUUUUGUGAUUUUCUAUGUUUAUAGGUAGUAUAGUGAAGUUUUAGUGCAAAUGUGUUUGUUUACUUUCUUCAAAAUAUAAAGUCGGAGAGUAUCCAUGGGCGUUAACUUCAGGCAAACAAAAUCAAAGACUGAAUUAUGAAUCUCUUAUUUUUAACAUACAUACUAUCUACAACAGUAUUAAAGCUAUGUUCAUCACAAGACUAUGCAUCUCCAACAUACAAUCCGGAUAUAAGUCAGACAAACCCAACAAAUGAUUACCUCAACCCGGACCCAAAGUAUGACAACCCAUACGACCCCAAUAGGAGGUAUCAGAAUCGUAAUCAGAACGAUCCAACCCAACAAUAUGAUCCGAACCGUCCGUAUGAUCCAAACCGAAGCCAAUAUGACCCAAGUCGGAGUCAAUAUGACACCAACCGGAAUCAAUAUGAAGCAGACAGGAGGUACAAUCAAGAUGUGAACUACAACUCCAACCAGUAUACUCCUGAUAAUACUCCUAGACCGUGGGACUCAAGCAGGACAUACAGCACAUCCUUUAAAGGUGCUCCUUUGGAACAUGAGAGUGUCAUUAUCAAUGAAGCGACCUACUUCAUAGUGGCAUCUAGGAUGGUGAGGCCAGGUCAGAUCUACAAGAUAUCAGCGAACAUACUGCAAGCCCGCAUGCAGAUGACUAUCAGGGCCUCAAUCUCCUGCAAUGGAGUUGAAAUUACUGAUGUCAACCAGAGAGUGAAGGAGGGUGUGCCUGAAAUAUUGAAUAUGAGAGUACCGCCAACAACAGUCCCAGGAGACUACAAGCUCCGAGUAGAAGGGUUGUACCUGGACACGCCGUUCGGAGGCCGCGCCUUCAUCAACGAGUCGCAGCUCACCUUCUCCAGGCGAUUCAUGACCAUAUUCAUACAGAUGGACAAGCCUGUUUAUAUGCAGGGACAGACUGUCCGUUUCCGCGUGAUACCGAUCAACACGGAGCUGAAGGCGUUCGGCCGCGCUAUCGACGUGUUCAUCCUGGACCCCAACCGUCGUAUUAUGAAGAGGUGGCUCUCUAGACAGAGUAACUUCGGCACAGUAAGUCUGCAGUACCAGAUGUCAGACCAGCCGCUGUUCGGCGAGUGGUACAUCCGCGUGGAAGCUCUCGGCCAGAUCGAGGAGACGCAGUUCCUGGUCGAGGAGUACUAUCAGACCAGAUAUGAGGUGAACGUAACAAUGCCAGCAUUCUUCUUCAACACGGAGCCCUUCAUCCACGGGCGUAUAAUGGCCAACUACACGUCCGGCGCCCCCGUCCGCGGCAACCUGACGCUCAAGGCGACCAUACGGCCUAUACCGCAGUACCGACCGCGGUACUAUACGCAGGGACAGUUCAACAAUAGAGGACAGUUUGGCGUAGCCAGUGGAUAUGGGACCAAUCAGUAUACUAGAGUCCGUCAAAACCCAUACAACUACAACAACAACUACAACGACAGCUACCAACAGCAAUACGACAAGAACUACCAGCAGCAACAGUACGACAACUACGGACAGACCAUGGUGGACGAGUUCGGUCGGCCUGUGAACACGGAGACCAGGUAUCUGCCGGGACAGCCCAAUCAGUUGGAGCAGCCCGACUGGUGGUAUGAUCAGCAGAAGGUCGUUACUAGGAUGUUUAAUUUUGAUGAAAAAUACCCGUUUUGGAUGCCGAAGCCGGACCCGACGCAGUACGCGAUCGACCACAACUCGAACGUCAACAAUCCUAACUACAAUACAUAUACCACUACUUCUUCAUACAACAAUUAUUAUUCCAAUCCGUAUUAUGAUCAACUGCCGUAUCUCAGAUUUUUUAACGGCACUUACGACUUCAAGUACCCCAUGUCGGAACUAUCCCAGCUGGUACCGACCUUAGACGGAGUCGAGGUCAUCAUCACGGCGUCAGUGGGUGACCCCUUCCUCGACGAAGUCAUUGAGGGGUAUAGCAUCGCUAGGAUAUUUAAUUCGUCAUUGCAAGUCACCUUCUUGGGAGGAACCCCACAAGUUUUCAAGCCAGCUAUGCCUUUUGAUGUUUAUAUGGUAGUAUCGUACCACGACGGGUCCCCGCUCCCCGCGUGGCAGGCCCGCGGCGUGUCGCUGCAAGUGCACGUACAGGUGGAAGGUCGGGGUGGUGCUGUAGACCCACAGCAACCUGCUUUGGUUCCUGGCAGUGAUGCUGUGUGGCAUCUCAAGUUGGAUCUCUAUAAGUUGCUCAGACUACAAAACGACCCGAAUUACCGUGAAGUACUAAACAGUAUAACGGGCGUCCGCCUCAGCGCUCAGCUGGUGGACGCGGUGGGCUCGCACGCGACCGCCGACGUGCACUUCGUGGCGCACUACAGCGCCAACAACCAGCAUAUACGCAUCUCUACCAGCACCACUGAUGCUAGGGUGGGCGAGUACAUAAUCUUCCACGUGCAGAGCAACUUCUACAUGGAGUCGUUCAACUACGUUGUCAUGUCCAAGGGCAUCAUCCUCACCAGCGGACUCGAGAUCAUGCAGGAGGGAGUGUGCACGUUCGCGGUGACGGUGUCCGCGGAGAUGGCGCCGGUGGCCACGGUGCUGGUGUGGGCGGCGCCGCGCCGCGCCACGGUGCUGGCCGACUCGCUCACCUUCCCCGUCAACGGCAUCUCCAGGAACAAUUUCACGGUAUUCAUAAACAACCGCAAGCACCGCACGGGCGAGCGGGUGGAAGUGGCCAUCUACGGCGAGCCCGGCGCCUACGUGGGGCUGUCCGGCAUCGACAACACCUUCUACACCAUGCAGGCCGGGAACGAGCUCACCUAUGCUAAGGUGAUAUCAAAGAUGUCUCAUUUCGGCGAGUCGACAAACGGCACGUUCGCGUACACGUGGCGCUCUCACUUCGGCGACGCGGACGAUCUCGUCUACUUCCCUUCAUCUACCUUCGGUAUUGAUGCUAACAGGACUUUUGAGUACGCAGGCCUCAUAGUGUUCAGCGAUGUGCCGGUAACGCGUCGCUACACGACGUGCAACGUGUCGCAAGGCUUCGGCGAGUGCCUGGAGGGCGGCUGCUUCCCGCUGGCCAAGCAGUGUGACGGCGUGUAUGACUGUCCCGAUCAUACUGAUGAGUCUAAUUGUGAAACGGACAUAAACAAGUCAUUCGAGCUGACUCACUUCCGCAAGUUCCGGUUCAACCGCGUGCAGCGACAGUACGACAACGUGUGGCUGUGGCGGGACGUCAACAUCGGCCCGCACGGCCGCUACGUCUUCACUGUCGAUGUGCCGCAGAUACCUGCCCACUGGAUAGUGUCUGCAUUCAGUAUGUCGCCUAGUCUUGGUCUUGGCAUGUUAACGGAACCUAAAAGGUACAUAGGCGUACUCCCAUUCUUCAUCAAAGUGGAAGGUCCCGAGCAGUGUCGUCAGGGUGAACAGGUCGGGCUUCGAGUAGUGGUGUUCAACUAUCAGCCGCAAGACAUCGAAGCGGUCGUCGUGUUGGCAGCUUCGCCUGAUUAUAAGUUCGUGCAUGUUGAGGAGAAUGGCAUUGUCCGCUCGUACAACCCGCGCACGUCAUUCGGCGAGCACCAGUUCUUCGUGUACAUCACGUCGGGCGACGCCGCCACCGUCUACGUGCCCGUCGUGCCCACCCGCCUCGGAGACAUACACGUCCGGCUGCAUGCGUCUACUCUCAUGGGACAGCACCACUAUGUUAAGAAGAUUACUGUUGAGCCGGACGGCCUACCACAAUACCGUCAUCAAUCAGUUCUCCUCGACCUUUCAAACAGAGCAUACGUGUUCCAAUACAUGCACGUCAACGUUACUGAAACGCCCAUCAUCCCGUACGAAGUGGACCGAUACUACGUGUUCGGCUCCAACCGGGCGAGGAUAUCCAUUGUCGGAGACGUUGUAGGACCACUGUUCCCGACCAUGCCGGUCAAUGCCACCAGCUUACUACAUCUACCCAUGGACUCAGCAGAACAGAACAUGUUCAGUUUUGCGGCAAACAUGUACCUGACACUGUACAUGCGUCUGAUCAACCAGCGCAAUCGCACUCUGGAGAAGGAAGCGUUCUACCACAUGAACAUACUGUACCAGAGGCAGCUGUCCUUCAUGAAGCCCGAUGGCUCCUUCAGUUUGUUCCGCAGCGACUGGAACCAAUCAGCAUCCAGCGUGUGGUUGACAUCAUUCUGCGCUAAGAUAUUCCAAGAUGCAUCUUUCAACGAGUGGGAGAACUUCAUCUACAUAGACCCUGAGGUGAUAUCCAUGGCAGUAUCCUGGGUGCUGGACCACCAGACGCCAGACGGUGCGUUCUACGAGGUGACGUGGAUGCCCAACAGGAAUGAUAACUCUACCAUCGUCGUGCCCAAGAACAGUACGUUGUAUAGAGAGGCAUUUGGACAUGCGGGAUGGAGCGAUCCGAGUGCUGUUGAAGUAAAUAAUUCUAUAAUAAUGCAACGGAACAUCACAUUGACUGCACAAGUCGUCAUCACAUUGGAAACUGUCAAGAAUCUCAAGGAUAUUGGAGUGCGAGAGGGUCUGAGUGCUCGCGUAUCAUCAGCUCAACAACGCGGCAUCCGCUGGUUAGAGCGUCAUCUACGCCUGCUGGACGAGUGUGGCUCCCCGUACGCGCUGGCGCUGGUGGCGCAUGCGCUCACGCACGCCAAGGCGCCCAGCUCCGAGCAUGCCUUCCGCCUGCUGAAGCGGAGGCAGAGAUACGAAGGUGGUCUCAGCUACUGGGGUCAAGAACCAGUGCCUCAACCCCCGUACAAGAUGGAGAACCAGAAGCCGUUCCUCCUCCCGCGGCUGCCGUACAAGUACGACUCGAACAACAUCGCGGCCACUGCGUACGCGCUACUCGCCUGCAUGGACCAUCAGGAUAAUAACGAGCCUAUCGUCAUGUGGCUCAACUCGCAGCGCCUGCAGGAUGGCGGAUGGGCUUCCACGCAGGACACAUACAUAGCUCUCCGAGCUCUGAUCGAGUACACGAACCGCAAGCGUCUGCGCGACGUGUCGUCGCUGUCGGUGGCGGUGGACGCCGUGGCGCUGGCGGGCGACACGCGGACGCUGCACGUGCGGAACGACAACCUUGCCGUCAUGCAGUUUGUGGACAUCCCUUCAGCGUGGGGCACAGUGAAGGUAACGGCCCGCGGCGCCGGCUACGCCAUCCUGCAGCUGUCGGUGCAGUACAACGUGGACACGCCGCGCUUCCAGACGCCGCCGCCCGCGCGCUGCUUCUCGCUGCUCGCCUCGCACCACUACUACGGCAGGAACCAGUCGCACAUACACGUGCAGGCCUGUGCCAGCUGGACAAUGCUAGAAGAGUCUCCUCGCUCGGGCAUGGCGGUGCUGGAGGUGGGAGUGCCGACAGGCUACAUGCUGCAGCAGCAGCGGCUGGACGCGUACGUGCUGUCGCGGCGCGUGCCCACGCUGCAGCGAGCCAAGUAUACACCCACCAAAGUGCUCUUCUACUUCGACUAUUUAUCUGAAGAGCAGACCUGCGUGAACUUCACGAUCGAGCGCUGGUUCCCCGUCGCUAACAUGUCCAGAUAUCUACCGAUGCGCGUUUACGAUUACUACGCUCCCGAACGCUUCAACGAAAGCAUCUUCGACGCUCUUCCAACAUACCUCCUCAACAUUUGUGAAGUAUGUGGCUCUUCCCAAUGUCCAUACUGCGCGAUAUACAACAACGCAUUACGUACCGCCCUCGCCACUCCUCUUUUACUUGUGGCAGUCAUUGUGACACUCACGCGGUACUUGCGACCCUACCAUGACUUGUAUGGAAUCUCAUAAGUAUGUAUGUAAGGAAAUGUGAACAUUUAAUACCAAAAGUUUGUGACUUAUUUACAGAAUGACUUGUUAAGAAUAUUUCAGUGUUUAUAUUGCAGGUUCUUUAUAAGAAUAAUAUUUCAAUGUGAAGUCAAGUUCUCAAUAAUCUAUGAGUCAAUCUGUAAAUAAGCCAUUUUAUGAUUGCAAGUAACUAUCUAUAGUUAUGUAGAUAGUAUGUAUCUGAUUCUCAUGAACAGCUAAAAACUGAUAUUUUUUUUAUAUGUUUUUUUUUUAAUAUUUAAAUGUAUUUAUUGAUAAAAGGGUUAUGUAAUAAUGACCGAUGUCAUUCAUCCCAGUAUUCAUUGGCUAUAGUUGAUUUAAUCAAAACAGUUAUUUUCUAUAUUAUACAGAAUUUAUGUUUAUUUUAUAUACCAUAUUUGGUGAGGUCUUCAAAGUAAUGAAAUACUUUAUCAACCCAAUCGUGAUUGAAUCAGAAAAUGAUAGAUCUUUCAUGGUCCGAUUUUCAGAUAAGUUUUCUGGCUAUUGAAAAAUCGGCCUUUAAUGUUUUGUACAGCUGUAAGCUUUUGUUUAAAUAUCUAUGAUUCACUGUCUAGUGUCAUAGUGAAUUGCAGCUAAUUAUGAAUCUUACUAACCACCGUUUAGCAAUUAGUGAAUGAAGACAGAACUAACAUUUACAAAGACAUUUAAACUAACCUGCUUGAAAUCUAAGAACUGCCUCAUAGUUAAUGAAGGAAAACCUGCUGAAUUUUUACAUUUUAUACAAGGAAAAACAAAUAAUUACUCUAUUUCCUUUGCAGCUAUUGAUAUAUGUAUUUGUAAGAUUCGUUACCAAUAGGUCCAAUUCUCAAUCCUUAGCUAAAUCACUGAGUUUGUCAUUCGCCUCAAUCAUUGAUGAAAUUGAUAGAUAAAUUACACAGAAAGUUAAGUUAGGCCUUCAAUUCGAAGAGUAAAUAAUUCUGUUUGCCAAACAGUAGAAAUUACAAUUUGAACCAAUUGACACGGAUGCCUCAGUUUGAUAAUUUUCGAUCUCCUUCAAUAUAUUUCUGCCUGACGUGCCGAUUAUAAACAUUUGGUAUCCCGCCCAUUCCGUGACGUAUCUUUUAGGGGACUCCUCAACCACGAUUCCUUUUCCAUUCCAAUAUUUAGUGUUAGUUAGAUGUGUUCAUCUCGUAGUUUAAGAAUUAAUCUAGGCGUCAGUUGCGUUGUUGCCUUAGAGAAAAAUUAUAAUUCUUUAACUACGUCGUUAAGUUAUCACACAUUCAAUGUAGCAACGCAAUUCACGUCUAAAUUCGACAAAUCCACUUUUUUUACUGUACACAUAAAACAUUUUUAUUGUAUGAUUUAGCUAAAUCAUGUUGUAAUGUUGUUUAUAUUUUCGCCCAAGGACAAUCCAUUUAUAUAGCGUUAAUUAACUCAUAGUAAGAGUUAUUGGUGACAUAAUGAAAUCUCAAUGUUGCUUGCAUUCCCGGGUGCUGACAGCAUUUUUAAUCUACUUUUAUUUUAUUUCUAUUCUAUUAUUUUACCUGAUUUUAGUUUUAUAUCUUGUACAAACUAACCCAUAAUCUAUAGAUCGAAUAUACCUUACAUAUCGAUAUCUACAACUAAUUUGGAUCAAUUGGAAAGAGAGAAAAUUUUGUGAUGAUUAAAUAGCAUAAAAUGCGUCCUUGCCUUGAUUCGAAUAUUUUUAUAGGAAGGCAACAUGCAAGAAUUGUAUGUAAAUAUUGUAGUUUAAGUCUUUAUAGUAUUUGAAAAGAAUUAUUUUAUGGUGUGCAGUAGGUAAUGUAAUGCCAUCUGAUAUGAAUUAAAUCUCAGGUGUUGAAUAGGUGGUAUGUAAUUGAUAACUACUGUACAUUAUUUACAAUUAAUUGAUCAAGCAAUAAAAUAUCAAAAAUGACAAUCGUAAUGCCUUAUUGAUAAGGACAAUAUUAAAAUUUAUUUGAAAUAGUAAUUGUAAUGGAAAAUAUACUUUGAUUUGUAAUUAUAUGGAUUAAUUAAUGAUUAGAAUAAGUUUUGUAUAAUUGUGGUAGCUGAGAGUACCUAUUUAGUUCUAUGUAUUACAGUGCCACAUUCAUCACGUAUAUUCAAUAAAUUAGAUAUUUGACAUUGUGUACAAAAAUGUCCCGUCCAAAAUUAUAACAGAGGAAAAAAUAUAAUAUAUUAAAUAAUUAAUAUUGUGAAUCUCAUGUCUGGAUGUCAAUGUGAGCAUGUUACUUAAGUAGUUUCCGUCCAAAUUACCAAUGACUGAUUUUAUACUUUAUGUAUUUGUGUGUAAUAUCUUCCUAAGUUGUUACAAAGCUUCUCUGUAGUGUAGGAGAGUGGUUUAUUGUCAUAGAUUUAUUUCCAAAUAAAAUCUAAUAAAAA